ACAUAUUAUUUUAUCUGCGAUUGUAUUGCAUAUUAUGUAUAUUUUUCACCUAAGAUAGCCAUGCAGGCGAAUUCUGCAAAAUUAUUGUUCAAAUAAGUAGUUUAAAAAAAUAAUAGUUAUGGAGCAAGCUAAGUCUAAUUCACCCAGACUUUUUGUGUGUACUGCGAUCGAAAAUAAGGAUGAAUUAGAGGAGAGGUACGAGAGGGCCUACACCUUCUUCCAAUCUCUGGUAGCAGAUUGCAGCGAGAAGGAAGCUCACGACGCUUUAAAUAAUGCCGUAUGCAAAAACCAUGAAGAUGUAUCACUUGGGAUGCUCAUGUCCAUACUCACUGAACCUCAUAACGCAACGAAAUGCUACAGGGAUCUCACCCUCGUCACUAGAGAUGGCUGGACGUGUGUUCUUAACAAUUUGUCCAAUUUGAUCCUGGAAAGGUACUUAAAGUUCCAUGAUAUCACUCGAAAUCAACUACUAUGGCUCAUAAAAGAAAUGAUAAGGAAUGCCGUCAUGGGAGUGGACAGUGUCUGUUGGAAUCUAAUGCGUUAUGCCUCCGGUGGCGACGUCACUCCGAAAAAUAUAUUUUUAGUGGAAUCUCUUUUAGACAUUUAUAUUGAGAAUAGAGCAUGGCUUGAUAAGUUUCCAGUUUUAGUCUGUAUGGUAGUUUAUACAUAUUUAAGGUUAAUAGAGGAUCACAAUAUACCUCACCUGCAGGCUUUAAGGCAAAAGGAGGUAGUAUUUGUUAUUGCUCUUAUAAGAGAACAUUUUACCGAAGUCUUAACCCUAGGUAGAGAUCUCGUACGUUUGUUACAAAAUGUUGCAAGGAUUCCAGAAUUUAAUCAAUUAUGGCAAGAUAUUUUAUCAAAUCCAAAGUCACUGUCACCUACAUUUACCAGUGUGAUGCAACUUCUGCAAACAAGAACUUCCCGAAGAUAUUUACAAUCACGCUUAACCCCGGACAUGGAAAGAAAGUUGGUGUUCCUGACAUCGCAAGUGCGAUUCGGCCACCAUAAAAAAUAUCAAGAAUGGUUUCAGAGGCAGUACCUAGCGACUCCUGAAUCCCAAACACUUCGUAGUGAUAUGAUAAGGUUUAUCGUAGGUGUUAUACAUCCCACUAACGAGCUACUGUGCUCCGAUAUAAUACCCAGAUGGGCAGUUAUAGGAUGGCUUUUGACAACAUGCACAUCAAAUGUAGCAGCAUCAAAUGCUAAACUUGCCUUAUUUUAUGAUUGGCUUUUUUAUGAACCUGACAAAGAUAAUAUUAUGAACAUAGAACCCGCUAUUCUUGUUAUGCAUCACUCAAUGAGAUCACACCCAGCGGUGACUGCCACACUUUUAGAUUUUCUGUGUAGAAUCAUACCUAACUUUUAUCCACAAUACGUGGAUAAGGUGCGACAAGGUAUAUUCAAUUCCCUUCAACAGAUCAUAGAAAAAAGGGUGCUACCUAAUCUUCAACCACUUUUUGACUCCCCUAAAUUAGACCGAGAACUUAGAACUACAGUGAGAGAAACAUUUAAAGAAUUUUGCAGCAAUGGAAAUGGAGAGGGAGUUUCUGGAAUCAAAGAGGAUGGUCAUGACGAAUUACCCAGAGUAGGCCCAGAUGAACCAGUUUUCUCUGAUGAUGAGGAUGAUCCUCCACCAAUAAUAGCAGAAGAUACUGAUGAUGAUGACUUACCUUUAUCUGAAGUGAGAGCUAGGGAGCGUCCUGAGUUAGCAGCAGCGUUGCCUUUGCUCCUAAGACCGUAUGCAGAAACACUUUUAGAUGAAAGAAAUCUUACUGCAGCUAAUUCUUUACUAAAUGCAUGUAGCUCUCCAAUGCCUACACCUGUUGCCCUCGCUGACUUGUUUGCAGCCAUGUUACAAGAUGCCCCACCGCUGCGCAUUAGCCUUAACCCAACCCAAGAAGAAUUGGAUGCUAUUCUCAACUUGCCUAUUUUCUGCAUGUUCAACUAUCUCAAUACUCAUAAGGAAUCAGGAGAUAGUAAACGUAAACUUAUUUUCGAAACUUUAAAAGAACUCCAGAACUCACUUCAAAGCGUAGGGUACUGCCUGUUGUUUUUCCUCAAAGUGUGUUACGAGAAGGAAAGGAAAUCGGAAAAAGAUCCAGGAAAAAAGCGAAACGUUAAAUUUAAGUCGGAUUUAUACAGAGAGUAUUGUAGUGCAUUAGAAUUAAAAAUUGCUGAGAGCUUAGCGAAUGAUUUUGAGAAAUGCCAGGAAUGUGAUUCAAAUAUUCUCGUUUGGUUGAUACCCGACGUGUAUAGGGAGUUCAAAGAUCAAGUCCAAAAUCAUAUCAGAUUACUACAUGUCAUAGUCUCAACACUGGAUGCUAGACAACUCCAGCUGCUGGUUUGCUUGACCUUACAAGGAAACUUGAUGAUGUUCAAGUCGGACGACAUCACGACGAUGUUGUCCACGAGUCUAGGUUGGGAAACCUUCGAACAGUAUUGCCUUUGGCAGCUUCUGACUGCCCACGAGAUCUCCGUUGAAGAUGUACUGCCGAUUAUUCCAAAAUUGUCGUAUAAGGAUCACGCUGAAGCGUUGACAUCAGUUCUAUUGAUGUUAAAGCAGGAGAGGCCUACCGCGGAUGUUCUCCGACAGUUAUUCUGUCGGACGGUAGACGAUGAGGACACGUUUGUGCUUUCCACCGUCAUGUACUGGUGUCAAGAUUACGAAGAUAAAGUCGCAGACUUGUUGGCUGUACUGCUGAGCACUAGGUACCCAGGAACGAGUCCAAACAAGCGAAAACGGUCCAGUAAAAGCAUUCCUUCCAACGCGCCGCCUUCUGCGGAACAGGUUCUAGGUCAUUUGGAACAAAUAAGAAUAUGCUGCGUAGACCAGGAUGAUAUGUCAAUUUUCAACAUGGAAUGUAUGCAGAAGGCCUUGCAGCAGUCGCAGUCGAACAGUAGUGAUAGUUUAAAGAGACAAUACAGUGAGCUUUUCUCGUUGGCCUGGGAAGAUGAACUACCAAUUUCGAGGCGAGCUAGAAAAUUAGUAUCCAAUUCAUUACCAAUCAGCCCAAACUUACAUUCAUCAAAUGACGAUAGUGAGGAGGAAGAAAUCGUGAAACCAAAACAGGCCAAGCGACGGAAGAAAGCCAUCUCGGACAGCGAUUGACAUAUCUUCUUUAAAAAGUAUGGUAAUUUGAAACACCAAAGUGCAACUCCACAAUACAAUAAAUAUAAAUAUGUUUAAUUAUAAGGGUUGGUUACCUUCUGUUAUUACAUUGUAACAAUGCUUAGUAUAAUUUGUAUAUCUUAAUUAUAAUUUGAUAUCAAUGUUUGUGAAAUCAUUAAUAUUACUAUGUAAUAUUGCAUUUUGUUAGAUUACUUUUCCGAAUGUUGAGAUUUCUUUAUAAUCAUGCUAAACGCUUAGCCGGAUGCAACCUUGUUUUAGGUCACAUUGACAAUGUGCUUUGGAUAAUUUAAAAAAUUGACAAAAAUAUGCUAUCAUACUCAGAUAGUUCUGAGUUGUCCCAUAAAACGGAAAUUAAUAUCUUGUAGAUAACAAUUUAUUUUAAUUAUUUGUGUAAACGCGUCAUAAAGGUUGCACAGCAUGGUUCAGUAACCAGUGGGAAUUGUUACUUGUGAGCACUUUGUUAAAAUUAAACGUCUAAAAAGACACUGCAGGCAUAGCUCAUACCAUCUCAUACUCAUGGUUCUUGCAGGUAUGGUACCAUCAGAGAAAUCGAUUUAUAGGCAGAUGACAACCAAUGUAUUUUGA